UGCCACCCGACAUUCUGGACUACCCGACCAGCAAAGACAUCGUGGCGCAGGAGGGAACCAACGUGAGCCUAAGCUGCGCGGCGACAGGCGUCCCGGAGCCCACAGUCACCUGGAGGCGUGAAGGGGAGAAAUCAGUCACAUCCGUGGAGGAUUCCGGAAUAACGAGCCACGAUGGGCCGAUACUGCACAUCGUCAACAUUCAGCGGCACAACGCGGGCUCUUAUCUUUGUAUCGCAUCGAACGGCGUUCCCCCGACGGUCAGCAAGCGGAUUAUCGUGACGGUCAACUUCCCACCGAUUGUGCGACUCUCGACACGUCAGUACUACGCCGAGCUGGGGGGGCGAGUCGUCUUCGGGUGUAACAGCGAGGCCCAGCCGAGCUCCAUCAACUACUGGAUGAAGGGAAGGGGAGAGAUCAUCCUGCAGGGCGGAACCUACGACAAGAUGCUGGAGGAUCACGUCUUCAAGGUGGCGAUGCAAAUCGUCAUCCGGCUCGAGAAACCGUCCGACUUCGGCGUGUACAAAUGUGUGGCCAAAAAUUCGCUCGGCACCACCGAGGAGUCGGUGAAAGUCUACCGUAAAACCUCAAAACCCAAUCAGGCAGAGAAUCAGAUCAUUCAACACUCGAACUAUCUCGGCUCGGGGACGUUCAUCAAGAACUACACGGAGAACAAGAUCAACGAGAUCUUGCUGGGCGCUUCGGCCAGCUCGUCCGGGAUGCCUACUGGCGGGACUCGGCUCGGAGUCUGCUUUGCAAUAGCGCUGUCGCUGGCGGUGGCUCGCAGGACGUUAUGA